AUGAAGUCGACAUUCGCAAGACAUGGUAUUCCAGAUAUUGUCGUUGGUGACAAUGGUCCACAAUAUGCCAGUGGCGAACGACCCAAUGGAGCCGCAGUACUGGAGGAGCGCCUGGGUUUGUUCCCGCAGCAGCUCAGUCACAUGAAAGUUGUGCGGAUGGAGCCGAGCGAAUCGCCUGCUUCCCGCGACCGAGACCUCUCGUGGUCCUGGUUGUGGGUCGUCUUGAUUUUAGGAAUCAUUUUUUUGAUCAUACUGUGCCUCUGGUGUUGGUGUAAGAAUCGAGUUCGGUCCAUUCUGUCCGGUAGAUUUAACAGGUCUUAUAGGACGCUCCCUUGCCAAGUGGAGUGUUACGGUCAGGGGCAAAUCCACACCGAUAUUGUGAAAAAACUGAACAUUACUGAAGAACCAGGGGCUCCACUUGUUCUCUUUGUCUACAAAGCGACCCGUGAAACUGAGGAUCUCCGCAACGCUCUGCAGUGGAUUGAAGGCAAUCGAAAGAGGAGCAGAGAUGAGAUCUGUGCUGUGAUCCUCCUGGAGAAGUCUUUGGAUAAACAGAAGAAGCCAGUGGAAGUUGCUCACCAGGGAAUGUUUGACGCUAACACUGUGGUUGUGCGAAUUCUCUGGCAACAACGCAGGAAUUCACCUGAUAAUAUUCUGGAUGGUCCCAGUAACAAGGCAGCGAUGGAGAAAGUCAAACAGAGCAUCAGGUGUAAAAGUGAAGAAAGGUUUCAAAGUAACACUUAUAGCAUUUACUGAUCCCUGAGUGUGAUGUGUAGAUGAUAAUGAUUCCAUUAUCCGUCACUGUCCUUGUCCCUCUGGGUGACAGUGUUGCGGGUUUGGGGGGAGGGUGUGAUGUUGAAGAAUCCUUGGGGAGUUGCUGCAAAUUAGCAUGGGUUGGUCAUUUGACCUGGUACCUCUCUAUCCUAUGGCAUUGUGGAUAGCCCAGCCGUCCUCCAUCUCAUUGGUCUAACAGUGACCAUGGAAGUACUGAUUGGUUCAGUGAUGUCCUUUGGAAAGUUCAAGUGCUGAUCACACCUGUUCUGGUCCAUAGGUUACUCCACGUCCAUGGCGUUAAUCACUUUGUUUCCUGCUCUUUUUGUUGCUACACUCUUUAUUUAUUUUCCCAGUUGCAAAUUGAGAAAUGAAUCACAGAAAUGUUACCUGCCGAACCUCACUGGUUGAAGGUUGAAGUCCCCAGUGUCAGACCAGACAACAUUACUCCCACACUCAGUGUCUAGUUCUACAAACACAUGCUGCAGCCACUGUACAUGGAUGGGGGUAUGGGAGCUGAUGGAGCAAAUCCCCUGGACCCAGAUAUUCUCCAGCUGCUCAUUUACCUGCAUCUUCAGUGGCACAGUCCCACAUCCUGCUUCAGACAGUGUUUCAUGGAGAGUGUUUAUGUAGGGAAUUGUCCACACUGGUCUAUGCUGGUCCACACUGGUCUCAGCCCUCAGUGUAUCCUUCUUAUCCUUUCCCUACUGUCUGAUUAUCAACCUUCUCCCAGUGGGAGGGAAUUCCAGCUUCUCUCCUUUUUCUGGGCAAAGGUUUCCCAUGAGUUCUGUCUAAUUUCUCAGUGUCUGUCCUGUAUGAAUGACCCUGUGUCCAGUUCCAGGCACAAGUGGAAGCAUCUUCUCCAGAUAUAACAAUGAGAACCUCCCCUAGUACAACCUUCAGCCUUGCUGUUCCCAACCUGGUCUGUGUUGACCAAUCCUUGUAAACUUUAAUGCAUUGUCUCCUGCACUGUGUGUGAUCUCCCCAGCAUAACCCCCCCCCCCCCCCACUUCCCACUUUGUUCCACUGGACAGGACCCCAGGGUUCCAUUCACUUCUCUGUGACCUUGUUAAUCUCCAUUGGUACCGGUGUCACUGAGCUCAGGAUCCAGUGGGAGUGGGGAAGUGUGCAUCAUCUCCUUGUUCUCACACCCCAGGACAGUGUUCAUUUCAGAAGGGUGAAGAUAGUAUCUGAGUUCAGCUGAGAUGUUUCUGAUUCUGAUUGCAACUGGAUUUCUAACUUUCUUUCCAGAAGAAUGCAUCCAUUUCUUCAACAAUAUUUUAUGGUAUAUUAUGGUAUCUUAUUGUUGCUAAAUAGGUACGAGUGUUUUGAUUAGAUGAAUUGCUUCACAAUCUAAAUGAAAUAUUUUGUCAGUGAAAGCUUCUGUAUUUAUUUUUAUGAGAAAAUACAACUGUUUGUUUAUCUUUGUCUCUUACACAA